UGGUGGGAGCUUCUGGGAAUCUCAACGCUGCUGUGGGGAUAUCAUGAACGCCCCUCCAGCCUUCGAAUCCUUUCUGCUCUUCGAGGGUGAGAAGAAUCCAGCACCUUUCUCAGCUGAGGGCUGCAUGGUAGCCAGGGGUUUGGGCCAGAGGCUCAGCCCCCCUCAUACUACCCAACCCUGUUAUCUCAGACAGCUGCUGAAGGAUCCACAGGUGCUCUUUGCUGGCUACAAAGUCCCCCACCCUUUGGAGCACAAGAUCAUCAUCCGAGUGCAGACCACACCAGACUAUAGCCCCCAGGAGGCCUUCACUAAUGCCAUCACUGACCUCAUCAGUGAGCUGUCCCUACUGGAAGAGCGGUUCCGGGUGGCUAUUAAAGACAAGCAAGAAGGAAUUGAGUAGUGGGCUGGAAGGCUCUUUGCUUAGCCUGUAAGCCCAGUUCCUAUCUUCUUUCCAUGCACCAAGCAGAGGAGAGUGGCCAGUCCCAGUUGUGGCAGUUAUGACCCUCCUUGUAGCUAUUCUGUGAACCUCUUUCUUCUGACACUGAUGGGGCCUGUAUAUAGAUUUUUUUUUUAAUCUACCUAAUAAAGUAUGGCAGGAUAAUGUGGGCUUAAGUAGAGAUGACGCCACAAGAAAGUGGAUGGUCAGCCUGGUGCCCAUAGCUCAGUGGAUAAGGCACUGGCCACAUACCAGACCUGCUG